GGGUUUCCUGUAUUUUUGUAGCGAUACCAGAAAGGGAGGAAAUCACGUCAGCGCCUUCGCUGUGCCGGGAACCAAACCCGAAAUCACGGCUGGGGCACGUGGGGGUGUGGACACGCGUGUUCUUCACAUGUACGGGAGGGGUGAGGGACCUGGGGGUUCAGCUGGAGAACAGGAGCUGAGGGGAGACCUUCUGAUCUCUGAACUGCCUGAAAGGAGCUUGGAGCCAGGGGGGUCGGGCUCUGCUCCCCAGGAACAAGCGCCAGGAGCAGAGGAAACGGCCUCAAGUUGCGCCAGGGGAGGUUGAGGUUGGAUCUGGGGAACAAUUUCUUCCCCAAAGGGCUGUGGGGCAUUGGAACAGGCUGCCCAGGGCAGUGCUGGAGUCACCAUCCUUGGAGGGUUGGACAGACGUGAACAAACGUGACCACACAUGGACACGCGUGGACACACAAGGACUACAACUCCCAUUAUCCCCUUAUUAUAGGGGACGGGCAGCUCCGUUGUCCAAUAAGCGCAGGAGGCGUGUCCGCGCCGCCCAAUCACCGCUUCGGGGCGUGGCCACCACCCCGCCGCCCGUCACAUGGCGCGGCGGCCGCGGGACCCCUCUUAAGAUGAAAGACGACAACUCCCCCCCCAUGGAGGACCCCCAAGAACCCCCCAGCGCCACCAAACCUGCUGAUGAUGGUUCCGAGCCGGACAAACCAGUGGAAGAAAACCCCCCCAGGGGUGAGAAAGAGGAGGAGGAAGCCUUCCUCGUCAGCCUCUACAAAUUCAUGAAGGAGCGACACACGCCCAUCGAGAGGAUCCCCCACCUUGGCUUCAAGCAGAUAAAUCUUUGGAAGAUCUACAAAGCCGUGGAGAAAUUAGGAGACUACGAGCUGGUGACGGGCCGCCGGCUCUGGAAGAACGUGUACGACGAGCUGGGCGGCAGCCGCGGCAGCACCAGCGCGGCCACCUGCACCCGCCGGCACUACGAGAGGCUGCUCCUCCCGUACGUGCGGCAUCUCAAGGGGGAGGAGGACAAACCUCUGCCCCCCAGCAAGCCCCGCAAGCAGUACAAGGUCUCCAAAGAGACGGGGAAGAAGAGCAGGAGGAGCAAGAAGGAGAAGGGCCGGGAGCAGGCGCCUCCGGAGAAGGUGACACCAGAGGUGACAGAGGACACAAGGGACACCCUGGAGCAAGGAGGGUGCUCCAGCCCGGUGCCCCCCACCCCAAACCCCCCGGAGGGCGCUCCUGGCCCCAGCGGGACCCACAGCGAAUCCUACAAGCGCCUUUUCUCCAGUUUCUACUCCAAAGGCGCCCACCCCAUCAUGUCACCGCUGGCCAAGAAGAAGCUGCUGGCGCAGGUCAGCGAGGCCGAGUCCCUGCACUGUCACAAACGUCACUGUCCCGAGCCCCCCCAGAGGAGCCCGGAGCCACCGGUAGCUCCAGAUCCAGCUCCGAGCACCAGAAGCGACGUGGGACCCAUCACCGGCACGUCCCCGCGCGCCGAGGAGGGGGAUCCGGCGCCCACCGUGGUCACCGGCUGCUUCCACGCCUGCCGCAGCGAGGGGCUGCAGCCCGGCACCCGCCACCCCCUCUGGGGACACUUCUCCAGCUUCAGGGAUUUUUUGGAGCCACCUUCCACCUUCUCGUUGCCAUCCGAGGAGCCAGAGCAGCCCCAAGACCUGCGGAGCAAAGCGGGGCGGUCAUGGAGCGGGGAGAACCGGCCAGCGGCCACCAUCACCGGCUGCUGGGUGGCACCUGGCACCGGUUUUGUCCCCACGGCGCCCAGGGGCAAGCGGGGCCGGGAGGAGGAGACGGCGUUCGGCCCCGGGGGGAAGCUCCGCGCCAUCUCCCCCUUGGUGACGGAGGCUGAUGGCAGCGACACAGGCACUGGCUCGCCCAGGGUGGCCAAACCCAAGGCGGUGGUAGCCAGCCCUGGCUACGCCACGGUGCUGCCGCAAGCCCCGGACGGUUAUAAGGGAGCGAUGCUGCAUUUCCCGGCCAGCUUCGGGAACCCGCUGGAGCACCUCAAAACGCACGGCGUGCCGGCGGCACCGUCCCUCUCCAUCAGCCCCUUUGUCAUCCCCGCUUUCCCCAGCCCGUUGGUGGCCACCGCGGAGCUGUGCCGGCCGCUGGCGACCAGCCCCGGGCGCUACCCGGCGUCCUAUGAGAGCUCGUUGCGGCACCGGCUCUACUCAACCUGGCACAACCAACCCGCCUACAGCUCCCCGGCUUUUCACCGCCACACCAAGCUGUAGGUUCCGUCCCACCCUGGGUCGUUCCCUGCAGAGCUGGUGGGGACACAGCGGUGGCCGAGCCACAGAGCACGUGCCAGAGCCACUCACCGCUGCAGGGGACUGAGAGGUGACAGUCUGGACUGUGUCAUUUUUACUCUUUGAGCUGUUUGUAUCUGACAUUGUUACGCCAGUGACUUAACUACCGAUAUCACAAGGUUAAUAUAUAUAUAUUUUAUAUAUAUAUAUAUAUAUAUACA